AUGUCACAAGUCUUCCAGCCGGGCCCCCCCUCGCUUGCCAACGACUCCUCGAUGCUGUCCCGCAGAUUCGGCAAGGAGGUCAUCAACUACUACGGCGGCGGCCUGCUGAACCGCUUCUCGUUCCUGCGCGGCGACGCCCCCUUUAUCCGGCGCGCGGCGGCGUCGCCGUCUGCGCGGUUCGUGGCGCUGCGGGACUUGAACCCGCUGGUUGAGGAUGCGCGGCGGCUGGCGCACUUCAAGCUCGACGAGGUGAAGCCGCUACUGUUGUCGAGCAGUGCUACUAAGGAGGAGGGGCUGUUUGAGAAGACGGAUGAGGAGAGGGCAAAGGGGUUUGAUUCGACGAGGACGAG